UUACAUCAAAAAUCAGGAACUUAAAGGAGUACCACUAUAAAAUAACCAACAACAUCGCUCCACUGCCUACAGGAGUGGACAUUGCCAACACACUCAAAUAUUUCUCUCAAACUCUUCUCAGUGUUUUGAAAGAUGUGCCAAAUAUUCCAAUAGAAAGCUAUGGUGCUCGGCAGAGAGACAGUGUUCGCCAGUCAAUAUUUCCCACCUUAAACUACUCUGGCCUAUACCAGGCUGUCCUGAGCAUACUUGAUCUGAUGCCGGUAAUGCCAGUUGGGCAACUGGCUUUAGGGGAAGCAAUCUUGAAUGUUUUGGGUUGGCUGGUCCCAUUCCUUGAACAUGACUUACUGGAUACACUGCCCUACACGGUAGCCUCAACUCUGGCCAUCUUUCCACCAACUCUUCACAAAGACACCAUUGAUCUCCUUUGUACAAGCUUGCUGCCAAUGACUUUGAAUUCAGAAUCAGGUGAAGACCCAACAUAUGCUAGUGAAUCAGCAGCUGCCAUUAUAACCAUGGUAUUUCAGCAUACAGAAAAUGGAGCUUUUCAUUCCCAAAUUCUGGAGUGUUUUAUGAGUAUGAAGAAGAACAUCAUCAAGGAUAUUUUGAGCAUCAUAGCCUAUGGCCCCCCAGGAGCCAAAGCUCCAGCCGUGCACUUGCUGUUCCACUAUUGGCCACAGUUGAACCCUGCUCUCACUGACAGAAGGGGGAUACACUACAAAUACAGUG